UCGUAAUGUUAUAUAUAAAAGGAAAACCACUUUCUUUACACCAGUCAUAAGUCAACAGCUCAUUGGAGUAAAACCAUUUUACCUUGGUUUAGUUGAUCUUAUUGUGAUCGCGAUACUUUAAGAAAUCAUUUAAAUCGAAGAAACUCUUAGAGCGCAUGCAUAGAUUGGAGUUGGAUUAUAAAAUGGGGCCACGAGAUUCAAGUCCAUCUCCGACCAAUAGUCCAAGGCAGAGGUCGGACUCCAUCAAGGAACGCAUAAGGGCAAGCCAAGCAGGAAUUGAGGAGCUAAGGUUGCUAAGAAAUAGCCAAGAAGCUUUGUUUAUGGAGGUUCGAGACAAGAUAAUGGCGAUGGGUAGCCCAAGGAAAAUGCAGUCCUUGACGGACGGAGAUUUCUCCGCAAGAAGACGGGCUUAUUCUGAUGGCGAAACUGCGAAUCUAAUUAUAGCCCAGAAAGCGGCACUGAAAAAUCUCAAAAACAAACAGAAUAUCGAGCCCAAGAAUGCUUGGGCCUCAACGCCAAGAAGACGUUCAGCGAGUGUAACAAACACGACAUAUCAACGUAACAAGCAUGAGACACUCUAUUCUCCAAACAGGAAGUUACAAUUCGAGUACCCAAGCCCUAUGCAUGCAGUACUCCAGCAGUGGGACACUGCAGUUACAGGUGAUGGAGACCCCAGCCCUGAUGCUGAAAAAUCAGACGUUCGCAAAUCUUCUAAAGCUACUCCCUCUCCUUGCACCUUCAAAUCUAAAACUGUUCAAACAUUAAGUACAAAACAAUCAGAAGAAUUCGAUAAGAGUCAUACCAUGUGCACAAUGCGAUCUCAUCCAGAGGGACAGCAUCGCGAUCAAAGUGCAGAUUCAAUGAACGAUUCAGUGAAUGAUCUUGAUUUGUCAAUGUCUACAUCCCCAAUGACAAUUGGAAGCUGUGAAAUCUUAGCGGAAGUGGUUGAAGAAGCGUAUCGUAAAGACAUUUGUGACCAUAAUGAGACAGGUGUAGCUAAAAAAUACCCGACACCACCAGACACAAUUCAGAACAAAUCAGGGGAAGGAAAAGUUUUCGAUGACACAAAUGGAUAUAAUUGUUUUAACCAAAAUAGGUUGUUGUUUUACAAGAACUCUGGUACUCUAGCCAAUAAUUCCCUGGAAAGACUAAGGAGACUCAAGCCAAAUAAAACACGUCCUGGUUCUGGUGACCGGACAAUUCCAGGGAUGAGCUCACUUCGAGUAGGUCCCGAUGCCAACGUAUAAUUUUACAAAUACUUGCAAUAGAUGCAUGUUUAUAUAGAGUAAAUGUGUGUAUUAUAUAGUUAA